AAAAUAUUUAUGGGAAUGCGUUGUCUGUCUGUGCGUAUUCACGAUAAUUUUUGAACGGGCAUAAAUGCAUACAUAUGUAUAUGUAGAAGUUCGUGUGGGGUUGAAAUCAAUUGGACAUUAGGUUGGGACAUUCUCAUGCUUCAGAAAAUCAAACUAAUUAUUUUCGUUGAAACUCCACCGAAAAAUAUGAUCAUGGUGAAUUGGCUGCAAAACCUGCACGGGAAGGAUACGAUACGAUAAGUAUUUCACAGGUUGUAUGGACACAAGUACAUUACCAGUCGUAAUGUGUUUAAAUGUUAUUUGCACACUCGCAAUCAAUUUAUUAUGCUUGGCAAUAUGUUAGGCUAAUGCUACGCAGAAUGAUAUGCAAAAAGCCCAUGGAUUAAUGAUACGAGCAGAGUCUGAAUCACAAUGCUGGAAUGUUUUAAGGUCUUGUCCUGAUGAGUGAUAACAUAAAUACAUAUUAUAGGUAUAUAGGUAUGUAUGUACAUAUGUAUGUAGAUGUUAUGAGGCAGAAUGUUUGGAUGGGUAGUAUGCACAUAAAUGCAUAAUAUACGCUAUAUAUCACAUACAUAUAUUUAUAUUACUGCCUAUUUAUAUUAUUGCCUUUAAAAGGCAACAUCAACUUAUUGUCUUCGAUUUGUCGAAACCAAAAUAUCAACACAACAAUUAUAUUUUAUUUAUUUGGCUUUAUUGUGGUUAUAAUCUAAAUUAUCUAAAUAUUUCACCAAAUCGUUCUUAUAAGAUAAGUACUUAGGUCCCGGACGAGUCGACAACCAGUUCGACAACAUUUUAGGUCGACAAAAUAGGCGGUAUCGACCAAUAUGUUGUCGACGAGCAGUUUGUCGACCAACUCGGAUAAAAUAUAACGGAUUGCUGGUACAAUGUAAAUAAGAUAAGUGCAAACCAUCCGCAUCUCAUAAUGCGAACAAUUGAUUGGGUGCCGAUUGAUUUUUGCACGUGCUGUGUUUCCCAACUUAUUCAAUAUUAUGAGGAUUUGACUAUAAUCUUGACAAAGUACAAAUAAUGCAGUCCAUCAAGAGCUGGAAAAUGAAUUGACUUUUAAACAAACACACGGGUAUUUAUUUACAAACAUGACUUUCCUGUUGUUUAAUGGAGACAUCUCAUCAAAUAACUUAUGGAAAUUAUGUACUUGCUAUCUAGCAAAGUAUCUGUAUUUAUCCAUCAAAAUUGAGUGAACCUCGACUUAAUUCAAAGGCUUAAGCAAAUAUCUGUACACCCAUUCCCUUAUAUAUUUCCCAUAUUUCCAUAUAUCCUAUAAUUGUCCGAAAUAUUUAGUUGGACAGUUAAAUCAAUUGAGGUCACAUUGCCAUGUUUUCUACUGACUUUCUUCCUAUUUUCAAAUUUCAUCUCAAAAUUGCCCAUAUUUUUGGAUGCAUUCCAUUCACAUUAGAUCACAGCACGGGAUGGUUGAGAAAGACCCAAUCUCAUAGUCGUCUCAAAUUUUUUAAGGUGCAAUGCUUGCUCUCGAUUCUGUACAGUUUCACACUACUGGUCAACCUUUUAAAUGGUUCAUUAAGCCUGACUCAAAAAGCUGAAGGAUUCGUCUUCUUCUUAAUAUAUUCGGGUAUGAGUUUGAUCCGUUGGAAUUACAAGCUAGAUAAUUCCCCGAUGCAAGUAAUUAACUCAUUCCUGCAUUUCGAGGCGGAUAUUCGUCACAAGGACCCAACUAACGUACCGAAAUCUAAUCUGAUCACGAAAGCAAUGAAGCAUUUCCUCGUCAUGGGGGAAGUGACUGUGGCGUCUCUUCCCGUUCUGCAAUUUUUAAUGUUAACGUAUCGUCCUUGCACACCCCCAUUUCUAAUGUCCAUGAUCCCAAGUUGUAUUGUUGUGUCUAAACAACAGCGCAUCAUUGGCGUAAUAAUUCGUUCCCCGGAAACUUGGAUGGGUUGGCAUAUCUUGUACUUUGGUUCCAUGUGGCUACUGUUCGAGCUCUUCGUGGGGAUUGACUGCAUCUUGAGCUACCUGCGCUUUCUGGAAAGCCAAAUUCAAUCAGUUCGAAAUGAAGAUGAUGCAGACGACUGCAUACAAUUCUACAGAGCGAUACAAGUAUUGGAAAAAUAUUUCAACGCCUGCCCCCACAUAAAGAGGAUAAUCCCGUUAACAGUAUUCAUUACCCCGACGCUCCAAAUUAUCACACAAUACGUCUGCAUUUCACUUCGAGAUGCGGUUCCGCUACCGGGAUUCCUGGUUUUUCCGCUGAUUGCUGCUGACACGAUAAUCAAUAAUGUACUGAUCCUCACAUUGGGAUCAGGCGUUCAUUCUGGAUCUCAGAAAGCUUUGCAGUUAUUGAAUAGAAGAAAGCAGAGGGGAUUGAAACCAGAUAGAAUUAUACGACGCAAGGUUAAAAGUUGUUCCCUUCUGAAGAUCAGAUUCGGCUCAAAUUUUAUUGAUCGAGGCACGCCGCUGGUAAUUCAGGACUUUUGCAUGGGCCAAACCGUUAAUCUAAUUCUGAUCAACUCAGGAUGAAUAUUAAUAUGACUUUUUUUAAGUAAAGUCAAAUCAAUCUUCUAUAAUAUUGGAAUUACCUAUUAACCUUUCUAGAACUUUAAUAUGUAUAUUUAUGCUUUAGAGAUAAUUUACCCUUAAAUACGUGCUAAUACAUGCAUGCAGAAUUGCAAUGUCAAAUAAAACAUUAAUUAGAUAAAUAAAUAUUUUUACUUAAGAUCAAGUCGAUAAAAAUGUAUUUCCAUUGUAAAAAUCUUGAGAUCAUUUACGUGAAUAUUUAAUUAAAAGUUAAAACUUAAAACUUAAAUGUAUGUAUUUCAAGAGCUACGUAACUUUUAGUAAAUAUAUUAUUUAGACUUCAUAUCGAAGAAAGUUUUUUUUUGUUCAUGAGUCAUUGAUUAACUUUCAUUGUAGCAAAUGUUUUUGUACAAAAAUGUAAAGAACAUUCAACGUGGCAAAAUGACCAGUGUGGUUAUUUAAACAUAUUAAAUAG